GGCACAGCAGAUAACGGAACAUUUAGAGAGUGAUCCGUCAGAGUUAGGACAACCUGUGUAGGACAACCUUUGUAGGACAACCUGUGUAGGACAACCUGUGUAGGACAACCUGUGUAGGACAACCUGUGUAGGACAACCUGUGUAGGACAACCUAUGUAGACAACCUGUAUGACGUCAUUGCUCACGAGAUCAGGCGACGUCAUGGUGCCAGAGCUACUCGCUACCUGUCUGCUCCUGUCUCUGCUACCUGGUGCUCACGCAGGUGACGUCAUCGUUGAGACCGGGUAUGGCCGCAUACGUGGGGUCAGCUCGACCUUAGCCGUGUCUUUCAGGGGCGUGCCCUACGCCAGACCCCCCGUGGGGGCACUCAGAUGGACUCUGCCUCUGCCCCCCAAUGCCUGGGCACCGAACAUUCUGGAUGCUGACCAGGAUCCGCCUGGGUGUCCACAAAUUGGAUGCGAGCCACAAUAUCUCUGUCCUAAGACGACUUCAGAGGACUGUCUAUACAUGAACAUCUUCACACCCCUACUCGCCAAGAAUGGGUCCAACCUGCCAGUCAUGGUCAACAUUCACGGCGGCAACUUUUUCUUCAUGAGUGGGGCGAGUCCAAUAUUUGACGGGGAGGUUUUUGUUCAGAGAGGCAAUGUCAUACUGGUCAACAUCAACUACAGAUUAGGUGCCCUGGGUUUCCUAGUGACGGGCAGCAGACAGGAAGACGCCCGAGGGAACUACGGCUUGUACGACCAGAUCGAGGCUCUCAAGUGGAUCAGAGACAACAUCCGGUCGUUUGGCGGGAAUCCGAACCAGGUGACCUUGUUCGGCCAGAGUGCCGGCGCCCAGUCAACCCUGCAGCACAUGACGUCAGCAGAGAGUGCUGACCUUUUCCACAAGGUCAUCAUCGAGAGUUCGCCCAUUGCCCUUCCCUACAAGACUUACGCCGAGGCUUUUGUACUGGGUGGGCUGUUGGCUGAGGCAUUGGGUUGUCAGGUUGAAGAUGUGACGUGUCUCAGAAGUAGGUCAGCUGAUGACGUAGCCAAGGCCGCCUUUGACACCCGGGCCAAGGUCGCGUCCUUGAAGUUCCUGGAGAUGUUUGAGCCGUUCAACCCGUACAUCGAUGGUCAGCUGGUCACGGGCCAGCCUCUGGACGUGUACAGCCGAGGUGAGUUCAGCAGGAAGCCAAUGGUGGUGGGCAACACCCGCGAGGAGACGGUCCUCUACAUCUACGGCAGCUACAACAAGAGCAUGGACAUUGAGGACUACUUGGCGCUGAUAGGGGUCACCAGGCCAGGCCAGUUGCUACAGAUCGUGCAGCACUACCCGCCCACCGCCUCGUCACGUGACCAGAGGGAGGUGCUGGUCAACAUCAGCACCGACCUGGUCUUCAAGUGCCCGACCCGGAACCUGACCCGUACAGCGCUGACCCGGGGUCUGCAGGACGUCUGGUUCUACGUCUUCGACCACGCCCUCUCCUUCCCUGGGUGGGGACCUGCUACCUACUGUAACGGUCGAGCUUGCCACGGGGUGGAGGUGGUGUACGUGUUCCACACCGCCUACCUGGCCAACUUCACCUUCACGCCAGACGAGGAGCUGCUGAGCUCAAGCAUGAUGACCUACUGGACCAACUUCGCCUGGACCGGCGACCCCAACCGUCAGCCCGCUGGUUGGCUGCCCGCCAGACCACGUGACCUUCAACCUGCUAGACGGCGACCGACGAAACCGGAAGUUGUGAGAUCAGGUCAAAGCGAUGUCUCGUUGUUCGAAAUCCUGCAGCCCGGGGGACGGGGCGGGGGAGUCACGUGUGCUGCAGACGUUCUAGAGUGGCCCAGGUACAGCAGCACCACCGGCUGGCAGGCCAUGUAUUUCCAGACUCCAGUCAACCGAAUCGUCUCCAACUACAACGACAAGCUUUGUACUUUUUGGGACGGUAUUGGCUACGGUAGAGUUCGGUAGGCGAACCAUGUAUCUGUUAAAAGGAGAAAAAGUUAAAAAGAAGUCUCAAAAAUGUUUUGAUUUACUUGAGCAUUGCAAAAUUGUGGGUGUUUAUAAAUUAGAGUUUUUUUUAUUGGUGUAUUUAUAAAUUUUAAAAGCAUUAUGAUUUAUAAUAAUAAACUGAAUUUGAUCUUCUUAAGUAAAAUGCUGUUUGAUAAUUUAAAGAACAGCCUCAAUUUUUUACAUUUAUUUGAAUAUCCAGUAAAAAAAAUAAUUAUAAAAUAAAAUCUAGGCACAAAAUUGUGUUGUGUAUGUUGUUCCCGUAGGUCUGUCGGCUUUUUCUCAGUCGGUCUUGUCCAUCCACAUUGUGAGUUGUUGACGUAUCGCGUCUAUGUUGACCUUAUUACCUUGUCGUCUUUUUCUCUGUCGGCCUUGUCCAUCCACAUUGUGAGUUGUUGACGUAUUACGUCUAUGUUGACCUUAUUACCUUGUCGGCAUUUGGUCUUGAUCCUAUGCUUGUUAUGCAAUGAACGUGAUUAAUGUAGGCAGGAAGGAUGGUUGAGCUAUUGUUUAGAUGAGUUGAGUUCAGCAAAUCAUAUCAGCAGUAAGGAUGGUUGAACUAUUUUUGCGAUGAGUUGAGUUCAGCAAAUCAUAUCAGCAGUAAGGAUGGUUCAACUAUUGUUGCGAUGAGUUGAGGGCAGCAAAUCAUAAUAUCAACUAUGUGUUUUUCCAGUUUCAUGUUGAUGUAAAUCUUGUAUUAGAAAAACACGACAAAAAACAAACUGAGUAGGUCGGGGCAUUCAAUUAAAUUUAACUUAAUUCUGUUAAAUGUUUUAAGUAUAAUGGAAUAAAAACCUACAUAAUUCAAACUAAAUGUUUUUAAAUUUUAUUAAUUUUAUGUUGGUUUGCACUUGCU